UAGGGGAUGCGGCAGACUUGCGCGUCAUCAGUCUGCGGGUCUGCCGGCACUGGGCACCGCCUGAAGCCACAAGAAACGUAUAGCCAAGCGACCUGCGUCGGCAAGCUGCUGGGUGGGUUUGGUGGCAAGGUGCUGCUGGGCGAGGAGCCGACGCUGUCGGCCGCCCUGCUCUGGCGCGAGGAGACCGGCGGCGCCGAGCCCCUCGAUCUGGCCCUGCUGCGCGAGGUGCCGGUCGUGUUCGACGACGAGGCUCAGGCGUGGCACAACUACGACGUCUCAGACACCAUCGGCGAGGUGGCCGAGACGGCUGUGAUGGAGCCCGUCUGGGCGCUCAGUACGGCGACGCUGACGGUGGUGGUGACCACCCAGAUGAUGGCCAGCUCCAGCUGAUUGUAGAACAGACCCCCAUUUGGGGGGCCGAGUGCGUGGGGGCUUGGGACAAUUUCCCAGGUGUAGAUGCUGCAGAGGGGUCAUAUACGCAUAUGCUGUGUCGACGCCGUAAACAAGCCUGAGGGGCGUGAGGGCAUCUGCAAGAUGCGGGCACUGACUGCCAGCUAGGCCGCUAGGGGUGAUGGCGUGCUCAUCGUCAGCGUGCGCGUUAAACCCACGUACGGAUGCCCACAGAAUUGGGCGUACCGCUGGGGGAACAAUCAUGUCUGCCUUAUCUGGUGCACCUACUGUUGUAGUUGAUAUGCGGCAGGCUGCUACCCCUAGGACUGGCUUGCGCCAUGGCUGGUUUCGUCCCGAAUCGCCCAACAGCGUAUCUGCAAGGCGGUAUACUGGCCAAUACCGUGGUUGGCGCCAUGGCAAGGCAUUGCUGUAGGCCAAGUUGGCCGGUUGGCACGGCCGAUGGGGAGCCCAGGCCGCACCCACGCCGCAGCUUCAGAGUCCAGGAACGGGUGGCUACUUCGCUGACAGUCAGGGCUGCCUCCAUUGCACGCGCAGUACGGUACUGGGCACAGGCCAAAUCCUGUAAUGCCCGCUCGAC